AUGUCUGAGAAUGACAGUGGAACGGGAAUGUUGAAUGAGGAUUCGUCCUCUAACUCGGACUUCGAUCUACGGCCUCCUCCCCCACGCCCCAAGCCACCUUCGAUCGAGACGCUUUCGGAGUCUCUGUUCUCAAUGGGUCAUCUCAAUACUCUCUUACGCGACCCCCAUCAUCUGACACGAUUUACGUCGUUUCUGACGAAGUACCGGCCACAGUACCACCCGGUUCUACUCCGCUACCUCGAAACUCAGAAGGCCAUAAAAGCUGUCGAGUACGCAAACGCUGUCGCCGAAGGUGUGCCUCUGUCUUCAGACAAUGAUAGAGAAGGCUCUUCGAUCCCGCGAGCUUCUGUUGCAGCUACCCUGGACAAAGUAUUUGAGGAGGCGAGCACGGCCGCCUUUCGACUUAUGCUAGAUUUCGCCCUCCCAAUGUACAUCACCUACAAUCUAGUGAAGGUAGUAUCGGAAUGCCUCGUCAACGAGAUUACAGGCAGACAGACGCCUCUGAUGCGGGAUCUGGUCGGCGGCUUGUCUGAAGUAUUCUGCCUUUCCGACCCCAAGGAGGAGGACAAUCCAAUCAUCUACGCCAGCGAGGAGUUCUAUCGGUACACGGGCUACGGUCCGGAUGAUGUCAUUGGGCGCAAUUGCCGGUUUCUCCAAGGCUCAAAGACCAAAAGAGAGUCCGUGGCAAGACUCAGGGAAACCAUUGGCAAAGGUGAAGACAUUUGCGAGACCCUGUUGAAUUACCGCAGAGAUGGCAGACCAUUCAUAAAUUUACUGAUGAUCGCCCCACUUCAUGACGAUAAAGGGAACGUCAAAUAUCACAUUGGCGCUCAGGUCGAUGUCACGGGUCUGGUGGCGCGCGGAAAGGGGCUCGAUGGAUUCGAGCAAUACAUGUUCAGUAGCGAGAUUAAGAGACGCGAAAGAGAGGCUCGCGGGAAAGACGUGGAAGCAGACGAGGAUAUCCGCAAACCAAGGGCUCUGGCGAAGUUGAGAGAAUUGAGUGAGAUGUUUGACCUAGAGGAGUCUGCGGUGGUACGCUCUCACAGUCGCUCAGCGUCCGCGUCCGGGGAUGAGGACGAACGCAGUAUCGGCAGCAGCCGCAAGGGCGGUCGGAGGGUGCUUGCCGACUCCGAUCUCUCCUCCGAUAACGACGACGAAGAUAUUGCCGACAGCGCAGACAAGACUUGGAAGCUCGGACAGUCAGGGCGGUCAGGCUUGUCAGGGAGGCUGCCAGGCGUCUACGAAAGCUACUUGCUGAUCAGGCCGGCGCCUUCACUUCGUAUAAUCUUUGUCUCGCCCAAGCUUCGCGGCAGGCUGGGUAAUGUCGUUCAGCAUCCCAUCCUCUCCCACUUGGCUGCUUCCGCCAACACUCUAAGCGGCCUAAAGGAGAGCUUCGGAAACGGGGUGCCUGUGUCUGCGAAAGUCAAUUUCCUGCUAGAAGCCGGCAGUCGACGAGACGGCACAGCAACACGAGUUGGAAGUAGGUUGGAAGAUGCAGGGCACGGGCGAGUUUGCUGGAUCUCUGCAACACCGUUGCUCGGAAGUGACGACAAGAUCGGGGUAUGGAUCAUCGUGGUUGUCGAGAACAAUAAAGUACCGAUGAAGCCACAGAAGGAGAUCCUGAUGAGGUCAGACGCAAACCAAUUGCCACAGCAAUCCGGGCCGAACCAUGCCAGAAUGGAUCCAAAGAGCGCGAGGCCAUCAGUUCAGCAACAAGGUUCCCGCGCCUCGAUCAGUCCACCACAGCAAGGUCGCGAAAACCAAGACCCACCCAUCAAGCCGAAGAGACUUCAGGACACCGCAGGAUCAAGUCAUGAUUCACGGUCAAUGACCGUGCGUCCUGAUGAGGCACAUCGAGAAGAAAGAACAGAGGACUUGGAAAAUCACAAUCCUCAGAAAGUUUCGGCUGAGUACGAAACACUCGUCAUGCAAGAAGGUGGAGAAGAAGCCAGCGGUACCAUUCCCGAGUCCCCCAACAGCAGUCAGACCGGACUUUACCAUGACACUGAUGACGGUCUAGCCACGACCGGGACAAAACCACCUGCACUAGACACGCCAGGCGGUCCUGAUAUCAACGAGGGUGAUGACAAUGAUAGAGAAGAGUCGUCAGACACAGCUGUCGUUGCGACUCGUCAACAGCCAGCCCCAGACGAAAAUUCCCCAGGAGCCAGGGUCAAGGUCCAAUCACCGGACGACGAUGAUAUCGACCAGACUUCCAAAGCUUCUCACGCUUCCUCAGACCGCGAAGCUACCGUAACCAACCACGUGCUUGAGGAAUCCUCUGAGGGUACCGUUUCUCCACCACGGCCAGGAGCAGGCGGCAAGGAUACAGGUGCAAGACGCAGCCAAAGUUAUAUGGAUUAUCUUCGUCAUCCCGGUAGCAGACCUUCGGGCGAAUAUAAUCGCGCGGUAUCUGGAAGCUUUCUCUCAGCCAAGUAUGGUCCGCAGGACGAAGACCAAGGCGACGGAGACGACUUCAACGGCCUUGAGUGCAUAAGAUCGCCCUACAGUGUUGACUAA